AUGGCCUCAAGAUUCCACCAGCGCGACACCAACCGCUCCUCCCUCUUCUCCGGCUACGACCAACGCUCACGCCCAACCUCGACAUCACCAAACCCAUACACCGCCAGCAACGGCUACAGCAUCCCCUCCUCAUCCUCCUCCAACAACACAUUUGCCGCAUACCCCGGCAACAGCACAGAAAGAGCAAACUCGGGAGCUAGUUUCCGUACAGCAACACCUGAUAAACGCGGUGCUUAUAGCGAUGCCGUGCUGAGCGAGCUGGAAUCGCAGAAUGAUGAGCAAGUGUCGGAGAUGAGCAAGAAGGUUGGCAUGUUGAAGGAUCUGACUCUGCGCAUCGGCGACGAAAUCCGCGAUUCGACCGCGCUCGCGGAAAAGAUGAACGAUCAGUUCUCGAAUACGAGUAAUAAACUCAAGGGGACGAUGAAUCGUAUGUUGCGUAUGGCACAGAGCACGGGUGUGGGAUGGAAGGUGUGGCUUCUGUUCUUUGCCUUUGUCAUUGCUUUGUUCUGGUAUGUCUGGUUGUUCUAA